AUGAUCUCUUUUACGCUAACGAAUUCUUUCGCGUAUCAUAUUUUUUUGAAGAAGAACAUCCGAAAGCCGACAGCUUCAGGCUCACGCGGCGGCAAGGCUCAACUCCAUCGCACGCCCAGGGUUGCCGCCACUGGCUCGAGUGCGCGAGCCCGCACUCGGCCUGAAGAGUCGGCCUCGGCGAACGAGGACUGGCUGGCGGCGGCCCAUCUGCUCGAUGAAGCCGAAGCGAUCGGGGACUUUCUUCUCGGCGCGGAAACGGACGACAGCCGCACCAAAUUCCGAGAAAUUGUCGGUUGCGUCGCUCGUAGGUAAUCUCACGCACCCUACUGGGGAUCGAUUACUGCUGACGUAUUCUCAGAUUUGACGUGUGACCAGGGUGGCAAACUGGAGGGCCCGUUCGUCUUUCGCGACGAAACCUUCUCGCGACCACUCAAGAAGACUACCAGCAACUCCGGCGUUCAAAAACCCGACGGUUCUCUCCUGCACCGACUUCAAGAAGGUCACCCUUCCUUCGCCGACAUUGUCGCGAUUUUUGAGUUCACGAUCCAGGCUAAGCUUCGCACACUGCGCAGCACGCAAAGAAGUUCCAAGCCGCCGAACAAGAAGCUCGUGCAACUGCUUAACAAUAUGAAGGCGGUUUUUCAAGAGCGAGCUACCGUGCGGAAAGGGCUUCCAGCACUCGCGAUGUGGAUCGAUGAGGACCUCGCCAAGGCGCUCGUCCACCCGUCGACACCACCAGCUGGCCCACCCAUUCUCUUCGUUCGCCAGAAGGAUGGAUCGCUUCGCCUUUACGUCGACUACAGGGCACUCAACGUUGUCACCUUCACCAAACGAGGCCCCUUGCCUCUGAUUCUGAAAGCGCUCGGCCGACUUCGCUCUUUCAGAAUCCCCAUCAAGCUCGAUCUGCGCUCCGGAUACCACCUCGUCCGCAUCAAGGAAAGUCUGUGUUUUGCACACGCUAUCGAAUGGCCGACCUACUCUGCUGCGACCCAAAGAAGGGCGAGUACGGCCAGACCUUGA